AUGGCGGCCGUGAAGGACUUCUCCUGCGUGGGCGGCCUGGAAAAGCAGGUGAAAAUUGUCAAGGAUAUGGUUCUUUUUCCCCUGAUGUAUGGGGACGUGUACGCGAAAUUCAACCUGAGGCCUCCCAGAGGAUUACUAUUUUACGGGCCACCUGGAACUGGGAAAACAUUGGUAGCAAGUGCAUUAGCCGGCGAGUGCAGCAAUUCAGAGAGGAAGGUCUCCUUCAUCGCCCGAAAAGGAUCGGAUUGUCUCAGCAAAUGGGUCGGCGAGAGCGAGAAGAAGUUGCAGAAAGUCUUCACCCGGGCUCAGCAGACGAAACCGUGCAUCAUUUUCUUCGACGAGGUGGACGGCUUGGCACCCAUCAGGUCGAACCGUCAAGAUUUCGUCCAUGCAAGUGUCGUCUCCACUUUAUUAGCUCUUAUGGACGGAUUGGAUAACAAUUCCGAAGUUAUCGUUAUCGGAGCGACAAACAGACUCGAUGCGAUAGAUCCUGCUUUAAGGAGACCUGGAAGAUUCGACAGAGAACUUUAUUUCCCUCUGCCCUGUUACGCGGCGAGAAAGGACAUCCUUUCGAUUCACGUGAAAAGCUGGAAGCAGAAGCCCCCUCAAAAAUUCCUGGCUUAUUUGGCCUCGAAAACUGUAGGAUAUUGCGGAAGCGAUCUUCAAGCAUUGUGUGUCGAAGCUGUAAUGUGCUGUGUUCGCAGAAAUUAUCCUCAAAUUUACUCUUCGAAGUCGAAACACCACAUCAACGAGAGGAGCCUUAAAGUGGAAAAGCAGGAUUUUUUAAAAGCACGUCAAAAUAUUGUGCCAGCCUCCCAUAGAGUCACCAUAGCCCCAGUAAAAUGUUUAUCAAACAAAAUGCAACCCAUGCUUCAAGAAAGUCUGGCAAUAAUUGUCUCGAGGCUGGAAAUGCUCUGCCCAACAGGAAUGUUGACAUCGGACAACAUCACCGGAAGUGCAUGCUCAAGGUCUUCCGGAUGUCCAAGAAUUUUGCUCUGCGGUUUAGACGACUGUCACACCCGACAUUUGGGUCCAGCUCUGCUUCACACUCUGGAACACCUUCCUUGUCACAUUCUGGACGUCACGACAUUGUUCGAAGAAACUGGACGUGCAGCUGAAGAGGCGAUAAUUCAGAAGGUGAAGGCUGCUCGACACACUCUUCCAUCGCUUCUCUAUGUCCCUGACUUGUUGGCCUGGUGGGAUCUAGUAGACGAAGCAGCCAGGGUCGUUUUUGCAUCUCUAUUGCGCGGCCUCGACCGGACAGUUCAUAUGCUGGUUCUAACCACCGCGAACUGCAGUUUGGCCGGUUUACCGGAAGAGAUCUCUUCACUUUUCGACGAGUAUCAAGGAGAAGUAUACGAAGUGCGACCUCCAGGACUCCCAGAGCGUCAGGCCUUCUUCAAGCAGAUCUUCCUCAGGGCGAACUCCUCCUCGGACGACGUCUCGAACAGGUCGUCUUACGCUGACGUCUCGCAAGUCGUAAGCCCGAAGAAGAUGAAGGUCGAGAGCAACGCCAGGAAGCUGAAGUGCAACAAUUCACAGACCGUCGAGUCCACGGUGCAACUAGAGUCACCGGAAGCAGUGGAGGUGCUGGCCAUGCGAAAAGUGAAGACGGAAGGCCGAGGAAGAACGAAGAUCAGCUCCGUUCUCUCUUGCCACUCGACGACGUCGAAAUCCAGGCUGAACAUCAAAAGGGAACACAGCGCGUCGGGGGAAGGAGUCGCGACGAAGAGGCAGAAGUUGAUGAACGGAUGUUCGACGUUGAAGCCGACUGGAAGCUCCGAAAAGCUGAAUGAGGAGCAGCUGCACAUGCUGCUGCAAAAAGCCGUGCAGUUGACCGAAGGGUGCAUCUGCCAGCAGCUGGAAAGUCUUUGCGUAUUGUUGGAGUUGACCCUAGAGAAAUGCGAGGAUGACGUGUACGGGUCUCUCGUUGAAUGUCUAACGCGUUUCGAGGAACUCGAAAACAGCAGAUACAGGGUUAAAAAGGAAAUGAUAUUGUGAUAUGGAUCUUUCCUUUUCCUCCCCUCUCGAUAAGACCCCCGCGUAUAUUAUAUCAUUCGUUGAUUGUCUCGUUUUAAGGAGUGUAUAUUUACUUUUGUGAAGAGCCGUUCAAGGGAUGUGUCCCUCAGGGAUUGUCUGAAAGUACAUUUUUCAUUGCUGCAUUGCUGUUAAA